GGCUAUUCAAAACACCUCCCGGCCCCAAAACGGCGAAAGUGAAAAACGUGAUUAUUAUCAUCCGAUCGGUAUGUCGAAGUUGUUGUCAACUUUCAACAAAGUAUCAGCUCCCAAUACGGCUACAGUGCUGUUGGUUGGAGCAGAAGGUACAUCCAAACAUAAAUUAGCUGAAGCAAUGUUGAACAUAGACACAGAUUUCAAUUUGAAUAUGUUGACUGCAUCCAGUCUACCUCUACCUAAAGAUGAAUCAGAUUCAAGGCCUCCAGUCAAUUUUGUUGUCUUUGUGAUAGAUUUGUCAAAUGUGUUAAGUAUGACCAUUGUUGAGUCGUCAGUCAAGUAUCUGGAUGUUGACUACUUCUUAGGAAGAUGUUGUUUUGUCGUGAUGAAAGCUGAAGAUCCUGAUAACCAAAACGUUGAGAUGAUGGCUGUGACUGGCCUCUCAGAUGUGUAUCAGUCACCUAUGCUUUGUGGUGAUGUGAAGACUAUUCGUAAUUGUCAAUGUCUGGCCAGGAAGUUGCUGUCAAUGGUGGAAAUAGCUGGUGGUUUUAAAUUUGGAGUCACACCACUGCUGAUAGAUGCCACAAGAAAUACUUUUAAUUUUGAAGAAGAACUUUAACAAUACCUAUGCAAAUGAAUUACAAGACUUUCUCAGAGAGAUAAAAUAAAAAAAUUGAUGGUUAUUUUGCUAUAUGUCACUUGCAUAACUGUUAUCUAAUUCACAGAAUCAUUGGCUUCUUGUAAAUAUGGAACCAAUUUAAAGUGCGGUAGUCGUCGCGCUGUGCAUGUGCAAGAUAUAUGGGUCUUAUAUAAACAAAGAUGGCGACUUUGACUGUUUCACAGAUCAACGAGUACGAAUUGAGACGUUUCUAAGGUAAUUUUCAUGUUAUUCGAAGGUAUCAAGGAGUCACCGGCGGUAAUCAGUGCAAGUCGUGCCC